AUGUUGUUUUUUGAUUGAUUCGAUUACCGACUUAUCACCUUAAAAUCUUGUACUUUGCAGCAAGCUUCAGAGCGAUGUUUUGAGGGAAGCUAUUACCCAAGUCGUCACGGACUCUAAGGAGAAGAAACGAAAGUUUCUUGAAACUAUCGAGCUCCAGAUUGGUCUGAAGAAUUAUGAUCCCCAGAAAGAUAAGCGUUUCAGUGGUUCAGUGAAACUCCCCCAUAUUCCUCGCCCCAAGAUGAAGGUCUGCAUGCUUGGAGAUGCUCAGCAUGUUGAAGAGGUAUACUUUAUUUACCAAGAAUUGCGUAAACUUGUUCGCCUCCGUUGUGUUUUACAUUCAGAAGGUGGCAUUUGAGAACUCAUUGAUGUUUUUUGUCUAUUCAUUGUGGGUUCACUUAUUCAAUAUAUUAUCGAUUAUAUUUCAAUUCAACUCGCUAUAUAGCUCGUCUUGGAUAUUUUUAUGUUACAUGUUAAUACUAACUUACAUCUUGAAGCGAUUUUUUUUUUUUUUUUUACCGGUGACCUCGUUAAUAAUUUGGACUCGUUGUUUACUCUUCUUAGGACGAGUAGGGCUUUGUUCGAGAGGUGUGUCUUCUGUUCUAGACUUAUUUAGGAGAAAUAUAUUGGGGUUUUUUGGAAGGAUAAUACGAACCUUUUCCUUUGUUGGGGAAAACCGUUGGAUAUCUUUGGUAAUAAUUUGUUCUGAUGUAUUCAGAACUUCCCGUUAAGGAGAGUUGUAAAGGGUGCAUUUCUGUUCUUUCGAACAUUGGAAUAUGGUGCAUGGAUCAAAGCGAGAUUGCUUGCCUGCAUACCAAGGUUUUGAUUUGCUAUAAUUUAUUUCGCGAAAUGGCAGAUGUAAAAUGAACAAAAACCCCAUUUAUGAAGGUGGUGAAAUAUCCUAUCUCUGGCUGUCAUUUGCUGCCCAAGUAAUCAUUAGCGACAAUGGUUUCUCGUCUCGUUUGAAAUUCAUGUGGAAUGAAAUUCUGUUAUUUCUAUUCGAAAGGGCUCAUGAACGAUUGAAAAUUGUUUUGUUUUUGUGCAGGCCGUAAAGAUUGGGUUGGACUACAUGGAUGUAGAAGGGCUGAAGAAAAUGAACAAGAACAAGAAGCUUGUGAAGAAGCUGGCAAAGAAGUAUCACGCCUUCCUUGCAUCAGAGGCUGUGAUUAAGCAGAUCCCUCGUCUUCUGGGCCCUGGCCUCAACAAGGCAGGCGAGUACCAUGUCGUCAUCAGUUUUAUCUUCCACAGCUCCAUUAGUUAUUGGACAUCUUGCGCCAAACUAUGAGACAGUUCGUCUUUGUGAUUUAUGAUUUUUUCAGGCUCAAUCGGAUAGGAACCUACAUUCUUUGUCUCACCUUUCUACGAAUUGUUUCAGUCUUGAUCAUGCUUCCCUUUUUAGGAAACGAGGUUUUUUUUAAUCACAAUUAGAAUUUUGGCCUUACCCUUUGUACUGAAUAUAUUGCUACAAUUUGGGGCAACAUAUGGCAAAGUCACUUCAUGGGAAAGAGGAUCUCUUUGUGAUUGUGUUAGCUUUUCUACAGGAAAGUUCCCUACGCUGGUUUCUCAUCAGGAAUCCCUGGAGUCCAAGGUGAAUGAAACCAAGGCGAUGGUGAAGUUCCAGCUCAAGAAGGUCCUCUGCAUGGGAGUUGCUGUGGGCAACUGCGGGAUGGAGGAGAAGCAGAUCUUCCAGAAUGUGCAGCUCUCUGUUAACUUCCUCGUGUCCCUUCUCAAGAAGAAUUGGCAGAACGUAUGCUUUCUCUCCCUAAACCCUUCCGAUACUAUUUAAUUAUCAUAAACUACUAAGUACCCUUAAGUUACAGUCACUUUCCCUUAUUUUGUGAUGAUAUUAUUAAUUGAAGGCAAAACUCUCUCUCUCUCUAUCUCUCUCUUUAGCUUUAUAGCUAUCUCUGUACAAGUUCUGACUCUGAAAUGUGGGAACAGGUGAGGUGCUUGUACCUGAAGAGCACCAUGGGAAAGCCAAUCCGUGUCUUCUGA